AUGUUCGGUUGGAUGGGAGGGGCCCUGCUGUGCGCCGUUUCUGGGCUGGUCCUCCUCAUUGUUGCCACAGCCACGGACUUUUGGAUGCAAUACCGAUACUCCGGCAGCCUCAGCAACCAAGGGCUCUGGCGCUUCUGUGUGGGGAACAAAUGUCACCCGCACACCAUCACUCUGGCUUUCUGGGAUGCCACCCGGGCCUUCAUGCUCAUCUCCAUCCUCUCCUCCUUUGCUGGGAUCAUCCUGGAACUGAUGACCUACUCUGGCACCAACCGGUUCUCCCGCAGCCGCGCUGCAGGGGUCACCCUCUUGAUUGCAGGACUCUUCGCCUUGCUGGGCCUCUCCGUCUACACUGGCGUGACUGUGAAUUUCUAUGGCAAGCGCUACGCUGACUGGCGUUUCUCCUGGUCGUACAUUCUGGGCUGGAUCGCGGUUCUCCUGACCUUCUCAGCAGCUCUCUUCCACUUCUGUGCUGUCCGCAGAAAUUUGUCUCCCGGUGGAUCCGGCGGGACGAGCGGUUGACUCCAUUUUGUGGCCCCCCUCUUGGCUGAAGCCCAUCGCAGCCGGACGCCAACGACCCCUUCCCUUGUGCAGCCACGUGGCCCCCACAUCCGUCUCCCCCCUCCUCCGCCAGGCGCCCCCAGUGGGCUGGCCAAUGCCGAGAGGCCACUGGGGCUAGUCCUCGACUUACAACCAGCCCACGAUUUCUGUAGCUGAGUGAAACAUCUGUUGUGAGUUCUGCCUCAUCUUGCGACCUUUCUCGGCAUUGUCGUUAAGUGAGUUACUGCAGUUGUUAAAUGAAUCAUUCCGUUUGUAAAGUGAAUCUGGGCUUCCGCAUCCACUUCACUCGUCAGAAGGUCACAAAGGGGGACUCCCGGGACCCUGUGUCCGUCGUAAAAGCGAGCUAGUUGCCAGGCGUCUGAAUUGUGAUCAUGUGACCAUGGGAAUGCUGCAAUGGUCAUAAGUAUGAGAGGGUCACUUUUCUCAACUUCAAACGGUCUCCAAACAAACUGUUGUAAGUCGGGGAUUACCAGUGCAAAGACUACGGAAAGGCAACACAACUUAAUGCACAAAACCACGUUCCCCAGUCCACGAAGUCCGGUGCCUGGGUCCAGGCAGCAAUUCAGGCAACAUCUGGAUUCUCCCACCUUCUGGGUCUGCUCAGCAAAUUGAACCACACACGAAGAAGCCGGGCGGGCAGUGCUCACACAACGACACCCCCCCAAGACCCACGAAAUGUUAAUUCCGUUUAGAAUAUUGUACCCGCCGGAUGAAGUGUGUUGUGAGGAUCCAGCCACGGGGCUGCGCGAAUUGCCUCCUUCCUCCUAAAACUCUCCAUCUGUUCUUCUUUCGGUCACUCUGCGUGUCCAGAGUUCCUCUUCCUUCUCCCUCACCUCGGAGAAGGGGCUUUGUGUGUGUGUAAAUGACGGGAAGAUAAUAAAUGGGUUCGAUCCAGUGUAUCA